AUGUGCUGCAUAGCAAGUAUCGGCUACAAACAGGAACUCCAGCGCCAUUACUCCACUGUUCAAGUCUUUGCUAUAGCAUUUAGCAUCAUGGGGUUGCUCCCAUCUAUAUCCGCAACAUUGUGGUUCUCUGUUCCUGCAGGCCCAGUUGGAAUGGUUUGGGGAUGGUUCUCCGCGAGUGCUCUCAUUUUCAUCGUUGGGUUAGCAAUUGCUGAUCUCGGUUCUUCUCUCCCGACAUCUGGCGGGCUAUACUGGUGGACACAUUAUUUCGCAGCUGACCGAUAUAAAAACCCGUUAAGUUUUCUUGUAGGAUACAGCAACACAAUAGGAUUAAUUGGGGGUAUAUGUUCAAUAGAUUAUGGCUUCGCCUCUUUCAUCGUCUCACUUAGUACCAUCAGCAGUGAUGGAGAAUGGGUCCCUAGCAGAGGUCAUUUGUAUGCGAUAUUUGUGGCGACAGUUCUCUCUCACGGUUUCCUGGCGACUUCGGCCGGGAGGGUCAUGCACCAUCUUCAAACUUGGUUUGUUGUCGCAAAUUUUGCCUUGAUCGUUGCGACAAUAAUCGCUUUGCCCGUCAGCAUGCGACUACGCAACAUACCAAUCAACUCGGGCAGCUACGUAUUCAGUCAUUCGAUAAAUGAGACGACAUGGCCCUCUGGAUGGGCCUUUAUGCUCUCCUGGCUAUCGCCAAUCUGGACAAUAGGCGCAUUUGACUCUUGUGUGCAUAUGAGCGAGGAGGCCAAAAAUCCAACAAAAGCUGUCCCAGUCGGGAUACUCGCUUCAAUUGGAGGUUGCUGGAUAUUCGGCUUCCUUGUGACAGCGGUGCUAGCUGCUUGUGCUGGUAACAACUUCGACGAGAUUUUAGGCACCCCCUUUGGCCAGCCGAUAGCUCAGAUCUAUUACAAUGCUCUGGGUAAAAAUGGUGCUCUGGGUUUUAUGUCUGCCAUAUCGAUUUUACAAUAUUUCAUGGGACUCAGCAUUGUUGUGGCAGCGUCUAGACAGACAUGGGCAUUCUCACGCGAUGGGGCACUGCCGUUUUCUUCGUUCCUCCGCCAAAUAAGCAAAACAUUUGGAUACCAGCCUUUGAGAACUGUGUGGGCAACUUGUCUGACCGCAAUCAUUAUUGGCCUACUAUCCUUAAUCAACAACGCCGCCGCCAACGCGCUCUUUUCUCUCGCAGCGGCUGGCAAUAACGUUGCAUGGGCAAUUCCAAUACUGUGUCGUAUCGUCUGGGGCAGAGAGAAAUUUCAUCCAGGACCGUUCUACACUGGUCGAUUCAGCGUUGUUAUCGCAAUUGCUGCCUUGGUGUAUUUGACUUUUGCAACCAUAUUAUGCAUGUUCCCAACCGAAGGGCCAAAUCCUGAUCCAUCCGUCAUGAACUACUCCGCAGUCGUAAAUGGGACAGUGUGGGGGGGUGCGUUGCUUUAUUAUUUUCUUUGGGCUCAUAAAUGGUUCAAAGGUCCUAAACACACUCUGGAUGUAAUGGAAAUUUAA